GCAAAUGAAUCACUUCGAAGUAUACAGUACGAGUACAAACACGAACAGUGUCGUCUGUAUCCGUUUGCAAAAGGAGAACUAAUAAUUGGAUUUAUGCCUUGGAAUUCAGCAUGACAUCACACGGAUCUAGUAACAGCAAUGGGCCUAUGCACAAAAUUGUCGUCGUUGGUGGAGGAGGUGUUGGGAAAAGUGCCAUAACGAUACAGUUUAUACAGUCCUACUUUGUAACCGAUUACGACCCAACGAUAGAAGACUCCUACACCAAACAAUGCGUCAUAGAUAACACCGUAUGUAAAUUAGACAUCCUCGACACAGCUGGGCAAGAUGAAUUUAGUGCAAUGAGAGAGCAAUACAUGAGAACAGGAGAUGGUUUCCUGCUCGUCUUCGCCCUCACCAACAGAACAAGUUUUGAUGAAAUCUACAAGUACCACCGACAGAUCCUUCGAGUAAAGGACAGGGACGAGUUUCCUAUGAUCCUCAUCGGAAACAAAGCAGAUCUAGAGGACAGUAGAAUAGUAUCUCUUCAAGAAGCCCAACAGCUCGGUAACGAACUCAAACUCCAGUACCUAGAAGCCAGUGCAAAGACUAGGAUGAAUGUUGAUAACUCUUUCUUUGAACUCAUCAGGAGAAUAAGGAAAUUCCAAGCCGACGAGAACCCGCCAAUCACACAACGGGUACGGAAAACGGACGGUAGUAGUAAAUCGGGAUGUCCAUGUAGCAUUCUCUAAAAAAUGCCAGACUCUCUAUAUUUCUCUUUUUAUAAAUAUAUGUAUGCUUCGAAGAUCUCAAGCUCGCCAGGAAAGUGCCGCCGCCUUUUACUUGCAUCAUCCUCCAGAGUCCAGACCUCCGCAUAAAAUGUGAGAACAGUUUGAUGUUAUCACUUUCAUUGAAUGAAAGAUGAGGGUCAGUUUCACUGUAUUAAAGUCUCGUUCUGGGCCCUGUUUCACAAAACUUGUCAUCAGCGACAAAUGACAGUCUUUGUUAUAAGCUACUGAAAUCCUUGCUUCUGAUUGGUUAUCAGCAGAUUUUUCACUAAUUUUUGUCAUUUGUCAUUGAAAAAAGGCUUUGUGAAACGGGUCCCAGACCUUCGCAUAAAAUGUGAGAACAGUUUGAUGUUAUCAUUUUCAUUGAAAGAAAGAUGAAGAUCACUUGCUGGAAUAAAAAAUUUGUUUUAAAUGUAUUGUGGCCUUUAAAUGUUUGCUAAAUUGUCCUCUUCUUUUUUCUUUUCCUUUCAUGAAAGCUCAAUCCUAUCAGAUGGUUGUGUUUUGCUGCCUGUUUUCUAUUCACUUUCAUUUUUACAGAGAGUACAUAACUUGUGUUGUAAUAGCUCAUCUGAACACCCCACGUCCAUUCAUUAUGAAAAUGAAUGUAAUUCCUGAGUGCUGUUCAUACAGUAGAACACUCUUGUGCGUUACCUUGAUUUUAAUUUUAAUUGUAAUACAGAGAAUGCAUUACGUGUGUUGUAAUUGCUCAUCUAAACACCCCACUCCCUUUUAUUAUGAAAAUUAAUAUACUUCUUGAGGGUUGUUUAUACAGUAGAACACUCGUGUGCGUUACCUUGAUUUUAACUUUCAUUUUAAUACAGAGAAUGCAUUAGUUACAUUGUAAUUGCUCAUCUAAACACCCCACUCGCUCUUAUUAUGAAAAUGAAUAUACUUCUUGAGUGUUGUUCAUACAGUAGAACACUCUUGUGCGUUACCGUCAUUUUAACUUUCAUUUUAAUGACAGAGAAUGCAUUUAUAGUUACAUUGUAAUUGCUCAUCUAAACACCCCACCCCCUUUUAUUAUGAAAAUGAAUAUAAUUCUUGAGUAUUGUUCAUACAGUAGAACACUGUCUGGCAUUACCUUGAUUUAAAUGGGAUUGAAAAAGGAGAUAGCAGUCUGCUUGAAUUU